AUGCCUAUGAACACCAACGCCGUACUCAACCGUCUCCAAGACCAAGCAGUGCGAGAUCAAUCCUACCUUGAGUCAUGUCUGCAUGACUUUGGUGAGGUCUCGCACUUGCGUGACGACUGCGAGGACCCCCCCGAAAACCCAAUGAUGGACAAGUUCUUGAUCGACUUGGGCUCUGAGGGUAUUAGAUCUAUGACCAACUUUACCGUCACCGAGUUCGAGUCGCUGUGGGCAAUGGUGGACGAUGCUAUGAACACUGCGUGGAUGGAAGGUCGUGGCCGGCGCUCAACGACUAGCCCUAAGGACGCGCUAUUUAUGGCCCUCACCGUGUUGAAACACUUUUCAACAUGGGAAAAGCACGCAGCUGACUUUGGGUACAAAGCACCAACCUUCGAGAAGCUCAUCAUGCGCGUCCUACACGCUGUUCAGCCUGUGCUCUACGGCGAAUUGAUUCGAGUUCCAUCCAUGUCCGACCUGUCCAACUCGGAUCGACGAUUUGACCAUUUUACGUUCGCGUUGUAUGCAGUCGACGUGAAGUUUCAGCCUGCACAGCGUCCAACGGGACGCUUCGCGGAGCAGAAACAUUACUUCAGCGGGAAGCACCAUCUAUACGGUUACAAGAUCGAGGCAAGCGUGUCACCGGAAGGCCGAUGUGUCGCAAUAUCCGAGAGCUUCCCAGGAUCUGUGCAUGACCUGACGAUAUUGCACACCCGCACUGCCAUUCACGAGACCAACCUGUUGAAGUCAGCGGGUGAGCAGGAUGUGCCAGACUAUGGUGAGUUGAGUACGCAGUACCAGGGGUCGUGGGCGUGUUUGGUCGACAUGGGCCACAUCGGAAUUGCCCACUCGCUGCGGGGUAUUCAUCCGAAGCGUCGCCCGGUGCACGGCGUAUUGGAUGCCCAUGACAUGGAUCGAAACCACGACAUCUCCUCCGAUCGGGUGGUUGUGGAGAACUUUUUCGGUCGCGUGUACACUCUCUGGAAGAUUUCCUUGGCUACGUACACGUGGGGCGAGAAAAACUACAACACGAUCCAGCGCACGAAGUUCGCAUUGACGAACUUCCACCUCUCGUUGAUGCCAUUGCGCGCGGAGGACGAAGGGUUUUACAGGUCUGUAAUUGCUCGUUACGAGCAGAUGGCAAAUGAGAAGAAGCGCAAGCGCAGUGAAGCUCAACGUCGCUAUCGUUUGAAUCGCCAAGAGCGAUUGUCCAUUGACAGCAACCGCGCUACACGCUAUCCGUCGCCAUCGAUGAAUCGUUCGAACAGCAACUAUUCGAUGAUGGAUGAAUACUAUUAA